UCUCCCCCAUCAUCAAUUUCCUCUUUCUGGGCAGACCCAACAUAUAUACAUAUAUACAUAUAUAUACAUACACAUAUAUGUAAAUGUGUGUAUACAUCCGUAUGCAUAUAUAAACAUCUUCUUCUCUCAGCGCACAGAACACCCAACAAAUGGAUAACUUAGGAUGCAGCGUCCAGCAGAGGAAGCCAACCAAAUUCAAGGCCAAACCGGCCAAGAGGAAACCUAAGCCGAUGAAUUCCCCCAUCAAGGUUGUCUACAUCUCCAACCCCAUGAGGGUCAAGGCCACCGCCUCCGAGUUCCGGGCCCUCGUCCAGGAGCUUACCGGGCAAGACUCCGAGCUCCCCGACCCUGCCAAGUUCUCCCCUGGAGGGGCGAACGAUCCGCACCGGGCAGUCUCAGUCGAUGAUGUGGCCAAGGAUGAAGGGACGUCAGGGCUAGGAGGAGUGUCGGCAGCUGAGGACGAUGAUGAGCCCGUGCAGGAGGUCCCCAGCGUGGGCCUGGAGUUGUCGUACGGCCCACUACUCAGCGGAGACGCCCCGACGCCGUCCGAGGUGUUCGAUGAGGACCCCGACGGGGUGUUCACGCCCCAGAUGCUGGACAACCUCGUGGGGCUGUGUCCGUCGAACUUCUUGUGCGGAUCGUAUUCAGAUCUGAAUAGCUUCGCACUGUUAUCUCACUGCACCGCAGUGCCGACAACUAAUGAUAACAUGGUAAGGGAGCUCGACUGUCGCGGUAUAAACUAAUUAUUAGUUUAUUUAUCGAGUGUGUUAAUCGUGUUAAAGACAUUGAUAUGUUCAUGUCUAUGUCCGUAGCUAAUAAUAUGUAUAUAGCUUAGCUGCUUUGUUUUUCUGUUCAUGUAUGUGAUGUAAGUCUUUAUGGAUUCACCAAAAAAUAACGCGGAAUGGAGAAGAAGAUGGGUUAGGGAAAAUCCCGCAACCCGUUUCGCUGAAAA